AUGUUCAAGAUCAUGGUACUGCAAGGUGAUCACAUCGGGCCCGAAAUCAUGGCCGAGGUCUUGCCGCUGUUCAAUCUCAUCGAGACUCGCUUUGAUAUCAAGAUCGAGACGGUCGAACGAUUGAUCGGAGGUGCGUGCCUGGACACGCACGACUGUCCGAUCCAAGAUAGCACGCUGCAAGAAGCUUUGGGGUGUCAUGCCGUUCUAUUGGCAAGCGUCGGGGGUCCGAAAUGGGACGUGGGAGAUUCAAGUAGAAGACCAGAGACCGGCAUCUUGCGGAUGCGAAAACACCUCAAUCUGUAUGCAAAUGUGAGGCCCGCAAAGAUCAUCUCGGAGCGCCAACUCAGGCUCAGCUCUUUGAAGGAAGACGUCGUUCGAGGCGUCAACAUCAUCACGCUACGCGAGAAUGCGGGUGGCAUCUACUUUGGCAAGAAAGAGGAGCCAGAUGAGCAUGCUUGGCGAGCUUCGGACCUUUGCGAGUACACGCGAGAGGAGAUCGUUCGCCUCACUCGCGUAGCAGCGGCCCUUUCCCUCGCCAACGAUCAAGAGCCGCUACCCAUCAUUUCGGUCGACAAGGCCAAUGUGAUGGCAUCAUCGCGGCUCUGGCGCCAAGUGGUCACAGAGACCAUUCGCGAUGAGUACCCGCAGCUUGUCGACAAAUUGAGCCACCACCUCGUCGAUUCUGCUGCGAUGGUGCUGGCAAGAGACCCGCGCAAGCUCAACGGCGUCAUCCUCACCGAGAACCUGUUUGGCGACAUUCUGAGCGAUCUCGCCUCGGUCAUCCCUGGAUCUCUUGGUCUGCUCGGAUCUGCCGAGAUGGACGGUCCCCCCAGGUCUCAUGAUCGGGACAGAUUGCCAAUGGGUGUCUACCAGCCAGUUUCGGGUUCGGCGCCUGACAUCGCAGGCAAGGGUAUCGCCAACCCCAUCGGAAUGUUCGAAUCUUUUGGCCUCAUGUGCCGAUGGUCGCUCGGUUUGACAGAGGCGGCCGACGCGAUAGACAGCGCCAUCAAGCAAUGCCUCGAGACGGGUCAAUGCACAAGCGACGUCGGUGGAACGCUAUCUACGCAGCAAGCGGGAAGCGUGCUGAGGCAACUGAUCCGAGAAGCGUUGGGAUGA